GAUGAUGAUGAUGAUGAUGAUGAUUACAAAUUGUUCACAUGUGCAAUCACUCAGUUUAAGCAUCCUGAAUUAUCCUAUUUCAAAUUUAGUUUUGUGCUCUGCAGUUGGAUUUCAGGGAAACCCCUGAUGCUGCCAGAAAACGAAACUGAAAGUGGAUGAGAUUCAAACACCGGGCAUACACUGAAACAGGUCUCACGAGGACGGCUGUUGGUGAAAAAUGGCAGGCGAUGCAGCAUCAGCAAUCAGCAAAAAAGUCGUUGCUUUGAGUGUAGCAAUUUGCGUCGACCUUUCUUUGUUUUACGCGUCGACAUUAGUGGCGACACAGAGCGCGUUUGGGCAUCUUGCGCGUCUCUGGGUGUCUGCGGCUCUCCGCUGUUUAGCACUAACUGCUGUGACUCUGCUGAGUCUCGGGGACAUCAAACUGUCGUUGGUUCGUUUUAUAACGGCCCACAGUCUGCUGCCCGCGGUGUUUGAGACCGGGACCGAAGCGCUUUAUCAUGAACGGACCCAGUACGGCUUGUUGGCGGAUGUGCGCUGCUGGCUGGUGUGUGCCGGUGCGUCGCUGGCCGGUGCACUGUUUUGGGAAAUGACCAUCCCGGACACCGACGACGCGGCCAACAGUAAAGAGAAGAAGCAGAAAGCCAGAGUGCUGUUAAUGAGAGUCUUACACCUGUAUAAACCCGACUAUCUGCUGCUGCUCGGAGGGCUCGUGUUCCUGACGCUGGCUGUUCUGUGUGAGAUGUUCAUUCCCUUCUACACUGGCAGAGUCAUUGACAUCCUCGGCAGUCACUAUCAGCCCAAUGAAUUCAUAUCUGCACUCCUCUUCAUGGGCCUGUACUCCCUGGGAAGCUCUGUGAGUGCAGGCUGCAGGGGGGGUCUGUUACUUUGUGCCAUCAAUGGCUUCACAUGCAGAGUGAAAGUCAAGCUGUUUGGGGCUUUGACGAAACAGGAAAUUGGAUUCUUUGAGAACAUAAAGACAGGUGAAAUCACAUCCAGGCUGUCUAAAGACACCAACUUGAUGGGAAGAACGGUGGGUCUGAAUGUCAAUGUGCUACUGAGGACAUUCAUUAAGACCCUGGGCAUGAUCUCCCUGAUGAUGAAUCUUUCAUGGAAGCUCACUUUCCUCGUAUUGAUGGAGACGCCCAUCACUGGCCUCAUUCAGAACAUCUAUGACAAGCACUAUCAGCGGCUGUCCCUGGCAGUGCAGGACUCAAUGGCUUUAGCAAAUGAAGUUGCAAAUGAGGUUGUAUCUGGUAUUCACACGGUGCGGAGUUUUAAAACAGAGAAACAUGAAGCUCGUCGCUAUGAUGAUCGCUUGAUGGAAACACACAACCUCAAGACCCGCCGGGACACUGUCACAGCUGUUUACCUGCUUGCACGGAGGUUGACAGGUUUGGGCAUGCAGGUCUUCAUGUUGUAUUACGGCAGGCUGUUCAUCAAGAGUGGACAGAUGACCACUGGCAACCUGGUGUCCUUCAUCCUCUACCAGUCAGACCUUGGAGACAACAUCAGGACACUCACCUACAUCUUUGGUGACAUGCUGAACUCAGUGGGGGCUGCUGGGAAAGUUUUUGAGUAUCUGGACCGAAAACCUCAGGUCAGCACGGAGGGGAAACUUAAACCUGAUCAGCUGACAGGACACAUCAGUUUCGGCAGUCUGAACUUCGCCUAUCCUUCAAACCCCAGCAAAACAGUGCUGCAGGACUUUUCUUUGGAGCUGAAGUCAGGUCAGAUGACAGCACUAGUGGGUCCAUCUGGGGAGGGGAAAAGCACUUGUGUGAGUCUGUUGGAGCGAUUAUAUGAGCAGCAAAGUGGAGAAAUCCUAUUGGAUAAUGAGCCAUUAAAAUCCUAUGACCACCAUUUCCUCCACAAGAAGAUUGCAGUGGUGAGCCAGGAGCCUGUGCUCUUCUCUGGCUCCAUCAGAUACAACGUCGCCUAUGGGCUCCCUGAAUGCUCAUUGGAUGAGAUCCAGGAAGCUGCACGCAAAGCCAACGCCCAUGAUUUUAUCAAACAGCUAGAAAAAGGCUAUGACACAGAGGUGGGCGAAGGUGGCAGCCAGUUAUCCAAAAGUGAGAGGCAGCGGAUUGCCAUAGCUCGAGCUCUGGUCAGACAGCCACAGGUCCUCAUUCUGGAUGAAAUAACCAGCUCUCUGGAUGCUGAGAGUGAAAAUAAGAUUCAGCAGGCCCUGGCUAGUUGUCCAAACCAGACCCUGCUGGUGAUCGCUCACAGGCUGAAGACCAUUGAGAGGGCAGAUCAGAUUGUUGUGAUCGGGGACGGCAGAGUUCAGGAGCGAGGGACCCACCAGGAACUUAUGGACAAGAAGGGGAGCUACUACAAGCUGAGAGAGAAGCUCUUCACUGAGGAAAACUCACCACAGUGAAACUACUCUCACUGAUUUUAUGUUAGAGCUUGGUGUAUCUUUAAUGUACGGCUGUGCUGCAUGUGAGAGAAACAUGUGAGCGAACAAGCUGAAGUUUAUGUAAAUAUAUUUGUGUAAAUAUUGAAAAUGAAAAAAAUAUGGACCUAUAUGUUGUUUUUUUCCUGAAUUUAAAAAAAAUUGGAGUUCUCAAUUCUGCUGAGUAAAGAAUCAGCAUUAGGUAUUGUAAAUUAAUCAGUAUAAAUGUAUGAGUUAUUUUUUUUAUAAUGGACAUUUGGCCACAGUAUUUUUUCUGUCCUUAUCCUUUUAUGUCCUUGUUUUUUUGGUAACAAUGAAUAAAAGUUUGCUGUGACAGCA